UGUAAGAUAUUUUUCAUUUUGUUGAAGAAAAUGUCGCACGUAAUUCGGAUAAAUAAUAAUGUUAUUCAGAUAACUGAUCUUUUGAAAUGUUUAAUGCAAUUUGAAGACGAUUGCAAAUUGACCCCAUCAAGAUACAAUAAGGAAGUUGGCAUGAACGUAGACGAACGUCUGAAACUCUUGAACGACAGGAGCAGGAAACAGAGAAUCGGGAGACAUAACAAAUUAUGGACAAUACCCGAUAUUGUUGUUUUCCAAAAUUUCGAAACGCACGUCAGCUACACAACCAGCAUCUCUUUCAUGCAUCAGAAACAGCACCCUGUGAGAAUCAAAGUAGUUGCGGACCUGAGUCCAAGCUUCAGCCUGAAGGAGUUGCCCGGAACGGUCUAUUCGAAGCUGGCUCCGGGAACUCCCCAUAAAAUGACCCUGGAUUUCUAUUCGGAGGAAUACAGGGACUAUUCGUGUCUCGUUCGUUUUGAAGCCGAUGACGAUGUGGUGUAUCUACCUGUAGUAGCUCUUGCACCUAGACCAAUUAUAAUUUUCCCCGAUGUUAUUGAAAUGACGGAGACGGUUGUGAACAUUUCGUCUGAUAAGAAAGUUUUCAUGAAGAAUAUGGGGAAAAGUCCUGUGGUUUUUAAGCUCAAGGCUGAUUCUCCAUUUAGCGUUUGCCCAAGAACAGGCAUCAUGGAGCCCAAUGAGAUAUUGGACGUGCAGGUUAGCUACAAGACCUUCAGAGUUGAGAAAAAUGUAUCCGAUCUGACCAUCAGUUUCGAAGGGGUGGAUUUGUACGCGACACUGAAAUGCGAGGCCAAAAAUUGCGAAAUAUACCUGGACAAGACGAUUCUUCACUUCGAAGACACUUUUCUGAGCCUGCAAAGAUGCAUUUCGUUGAAUCUGAUCAAUAGGAGCGAUUAUGCCAUGAAGUAUCAGUGGAAGCGGUUCAAGACAAAGUAUGACGAUAUGGAGCAGUGUAGAGAGUUUCGCUCUAAACUGGAAGACCUCAAUCAGUACGAAGUUUUGAGAAAUAUACAGGAAGCAAAUCCAAAUAUUACAGACGCCGACCUCCAUAGAACGUUCUUGCAGAGGAUAUACGAUGACGAAUUAGCCGAAUUCGACUCAACCGAUCAGUUCUUGUUUCACGAUCCGAACUUCAAGUUUUUAGAGAACAACGGCAUCAUCGGUCCAAAGAGUAUUGUGAAUAUCGAAGUGGUUUUUUGCCCAACCAAGGCAGAAUCUUAUCAGAGCAUCGCGUAUUUGGAAGUCACUGGAAGGGAAACACGCCAACCACUAAAAAUGGUCGGCACAGGUCUAGGUCCGGAGGUAUCCCUGAAUUUCAAAGUUCUAGACGUCGAAAAUUUGUACCUCUGCGCCAAGCAUCAAUACGAAAUAGUGGCAAAAAAUGAAGGUAAUAUCCCAGCCACUCUCACCUAUUGUCAUAAGAGCAUGGAUUUUGGAGGACAGAUGUCCUGUUCACCGGAUGAGGUGUACAUAAAUCCUGGAAAAUGCGAGAAAAUGGUAUUGGAGUUCAGUUCGACAAUGCAGGGGAAAUUUUUGGAAAAUUUGAAUUUCAGAAUUGCCGAAUCCGGAGAAUACGUCACCUGUGUGUUUCAGGGAAACGUUGUCUGUCCUCUCCUGAGCUAUAAUAUACAGGCGAUCGAUUUCGGCAUUGUCGCUUUUGGCUUCGCAGUGGAAAAAGAAAUAUCCAUACAAAAUACAACAGAGGUGCCGAUUGAGUUUAGAAUUUGCGUGUUGAACGAUGGUGCCUACGAGGCAAUUACUUGGGUGAAUUUUUCAAGGAGUCACGAUGCCUCUACAGUCAGCAAAAUGCCGAAGGAAUUCAGUAUAUACCCCGAUGAGGCAACUGUUGCUGGCAACUCAGCUAUUAAUAUAAAGAUUACUCUAGUUCCGAACAAGGCUCAAAAGCAAUUAACUCACCUUCACACAUACAUGUGGGGAUCUAGGAAACACUACGUAGAACUCCCAAUUUAUUAUAACUGUAUAGUACCGACAGUUGAAUGUUCUCCACCCAAGGUGGAUAUAAGAUAUUGCUUCAUAAACUGCCCCUACGACAGAAUCUUCACCAUCAAGAAUAUAAGUGAAGUACCAGGCUACAUACUCUACAAUGAUAUGGAAGAAGAUGAUCAAGGACUUUCCUGUAAAUUAUCCCUCACAGAGUCUUUCAUCGAACCCGGAGAGGAGAUCACUAUUCAUCUUGAGAUAAAAGGGUUGCAGCUCGGUCUGCAUACUAAAAAUUUAAAUUUCACAGUCUUCGGCAGCGAACCGAACAAUCUCUGCAAGCUCACCUGCGACGUACAAGGACCUGUGAUUUGCGUUAAUCCGGAAGAGAUCAAAUUUGGUUUUGUUCCCCUAUUGAAAUGGCAUUCUAGAAAAUUGAACGUCAUGAAUGACUCCCCUGUGCCGGCGUUCAUUUCUAUCCAUGUGGCAAAUCCAACGUUCCACGUGAACCCAAACGAAUUCAAAUUGGAAGCUUCCGAAAAGCUCGAAGUAGACAUAUCCCUCUACCUGACCAAUGUCGCCAAGUACACCAGCAUUCUAAUUUUGAACAUAGUCAACAGCAUGGACCCCCUCAAGGUCCAUGUAUCUGCAUUCGGCGUCGGAUCGUGCAUCCUCUUCGAACCGAUCUUGGAGCCGAAGUACGAUUUGGGCACUCUCAUGACCCACAACACUUUUAGAGUGCCCUUCAAAAUGACCAAUAUGGGAAAGGACCUGCAGAGGUUUCUCUUUUCCAAAGUUAAGGAUAUGAAGAGUAUGAAAGAGGAGACUGAAUCUACUAGAGGAUAUCCCUUCCUGAUCGAGCCCAAUCAAUUCGAACUGCAACCGAAAGAGCAGAAAACGGCUUACAUUGAAGUAUACUACACAACCCCAGGACUUGCAGAGUUGAUGUAUUACUGUUAUUCUGUGGAUAAGACAACUAAAUUCACCAAAAUAUUCGAGGUGAAAUUUAUCGCACAUUUCGAAGAUCCGGUCCUGAUGCUAUCGAAGCCUUCGCUACAUUUCAGGAUGGACGUUACGGUGGAUAAAACGGAUGCCCAUCUCCUAGAAGUCUACACCGUGACGAAUGAAUCUUACCUAGCAUUGGAUAUCUACGUCACCCUAACUCACCCCUUUUACGCCCUCGAUGAAAAUGGUUCCAAAACCACCACGCUCAACGUGAACGUGGCAAGCAAAACCAACUUCUCGUUUUUCGUCGAAUUCGUACCACCAAGCGGAGUGAAGAAAUGUUUGGUAUCCAGUGGAUAUAUGAAGAUCGGUUUCAAACUGCAUCCGAAAGUUUUUACUAUCACUCUCACUGGAGAUGUGAAUUAUCCCACACUAUUCACUUAUCCGGAAGCUAUAAAAAAUCAACAUAUUGCACCAACGGCUAAUUGUAGUAAAGAGCUCAUCAUAAAGAAUAUCAGUCCUCUGCCAGUGGCUUAUCAAUAUGAGUGGGAAGUGACUUCUUAUACUCUUGAGAAAUUAUCCACUCCAAGAUAUAAUCUCUCUUCGGUGGAAAAUUCACACGACUGGAAAGUGGACAAGAUCCCCAGAAUUCCACACGGUGAACCGAGUCCAGAACAAAUAACCACCAAUCAUACGGUAGAGCUCUUAGUGCGCGACGAAGAUGAUCCAGGAUUUUCGGAACUCCCGAAACUCAAGAUUCUCUACGAGACGUUACUAGAAAACAUCAGAUUCCCCACCGUCCAUCCAGAUGUCACCAGGAAGCUCAUGUUCAUGACCAAAUUCUUCCUUUUCCCGAUAACAGAAAAUGUGUCGUACGAAGUGGAGGAUUUUUUCAAAAUUCUGGAGAACAUGCCCCGGAGGAAACCGGAAAUAAACGAGGCGAUGCUCAACAUUACGCCGUACAGGGGUUGCUUGGAACCUUACGAGUGCAGCCUGGUCAAUUUUUAUAUAAGACCGCCGCUUCAGACAUUCUUGAAGGCUAACGCCAAGUGUAGGAUACUUGGCGGUGCCGAAGACAAGAUUGAAAUUUCCGCUGUAUGUGGAGAUAUUGCCUACGACAUAAGUAAAAUGGAGGUUCACUUCGGGUAUCAGCUGUUCUGCGAAUCUUUAGAGGAACAGAUCAACCUCUACAACACCGGGCAUGUUGGUUUCGAAUUCGCAGUGUUGGACGAUUCGAACAAUCCCAAGCCCAAGAUAACCAUGGACGCAACUACGAUAGGACUGCUGACUGUUACCCCCAACAUGGGAACUUUAGCGCCGAAUGAAAAGGCUGCAUUGCGUAUUAAAUAUUUUCCAGGUAUCACCGGCGAAUUCAACGAAUAUUUCGUGAUCGAAAUCGGUUAUCUAGGUCCGAUCACUGUUCAAGUCACCGGAUUCGCUGUAUACUCCCAGCUCUACGUCAUGUUACCCAGACCCAGUUUAUUUGAUGUGGUGGAACCGUAUUUAUGUUACAUAGCAAUUGGACAAUUGUCCAAGGAUCCCAGCCACCUUCAUUAUCACAUGAAGGAUGUUCCGGAGGAUAACAGGUUGGACGAGAUAACUACAUUGAUCUUGGAGAAGGAGGAGUGGUUUAUUGUUCAAUAUGAUGACGUCAACAUACCUUCUUUGGUCGACAUAGACAUGGCAGUCGAGAGGAUGAUAGGGCACGAGUUCCUCCAGAGCAAUCCCCAGUUGUUGGGGGAACGUGUCAGCAUAAGGAAAAAACACUUCACAAUCCCCAAUUUCCUGGUACCUACAUACGAGCUAGCCUUUGGAAACGUCAGACGUGAUGGCCAGUACGAACAGAACGUGUCCGUCUACAACUACGGACCUACAACGUGUUUGAUCAAAUUGUUCUUCGUGGACCAGAAAUAUCUGGAAUCUAGGGGAUUCUUCGUAGAGUUGAACUGUCAAAAGAUCAGACUGAAAGAGUUUGGAAACUUGAACGUGAAGUUCAAACCGGAGGUGAAGGGUGUAGAUCUCAGCCAACCAUUCAUUUCGGAGGUUAUUUGUGUAGAGGUCAACCAAGGAGCUAGAAUCCCUAUAAGACUCACGGCGUUUGUUGGUAUACCUACUACAGAGCUCAGCGUUCAAUGCAUGGAUUUCUGCGGAGUUGUGGUGGGAAGUUGCAAGAGAAAAAUAAUAUGUCUAUACAAUGUCGGAUUUGUCGAAGCUAAAUGGAGUUGCUCCAUCGACACUCCGAUAUUUUUCGUCAGAAAAAAAGAAGGCCUACUUGCAGCUGGCGAAUCUGAGGAGAUUUUAGUGUUUUUCGAACCCAGAGCAAAGGGUCCCCGACAGGGGGUGAUGACCUUUCACAUCGAAGGCAACAACGAGGAUCUCACGGCUUAUCUGAAUGGCUACGGUCGAGAACCUAACUUUGUGAUUAAAGAAAGCGUUGUUCAGUUUCCUCCGGUUUUGCAGUAUUCACCGCCCUUAGAAGAAACUUUCCUCAUUCAAAAUACGUCCAGUUUUCCCACUGAAGUUUUCAUGUGCGACUAUGAUAGGCAAAUAUCCCUACAUGAACGAAUCUGCCACGUCUUCUGGAGGGAAAUGAACGCCAAGAAAUUGUACGUUGCCAGAUCCCUCUACGGCAGCACUCCAAGUGAUAUCUACAGAUAUCUCUACAAAGAAUUGCUCCUAGAUCGAUUGAGGAAAGAGAAGAGUUUCACAGAAGUCAUGAAAUUAUCCAGAACAGAUGUCAGGGGUUCGUCGGAGUCUGUGGAACAUCUUCUUGAUGCCUUAGAACUUAGGGUGGAAAGUUCCAUGAUCAAGAAGAAGCCACCCCAGGAUAUUUUCUUGGAUGCAGACAUCGAAGAUGACAAACCGGCCGUAGAGCGUACCACGAAAAUCAUUGUGUUUCACGGAAAUAAAUACACAGAUUAUUUGAAAGCUGCAAAUGACGCUUCUAGAAUGUUAAGAAUUCCUAGAUACAACUUGGACAGUAUGAUAAUCGAUAUAUUGGUGGAGAACAGAACCGCUUUCACUAAAGAAGUUAAUGAGAUCAUCGAAGAAGCUUACCUUAUCAGAAUGGAUGCAGAAGACUGCCUCUGUAGAGAGAGCAGUAUAGAAGAUGAGACCGAGGAAUUGUGGAGGAAACUGAACGCCAUCCAUAGCUUGGAACCGAUCAAUAAAACUAAAGUGGCGUCACAAAAAAAAGAGCCUAAAGUCAAAGCUGACAAAGGCGAUCAGUUGAGUUUGGCUUCAAGUAAAAUGUCGAGAAGGACCCUCUCAAUAAACACGGCAGAUACCUUCCAAGGAAUACCAGAAGAGAUGAUUAUACAGAUACUUAGCGAUAGAAUCGAUCAAAUCGACAGAAUGAUUCUCGAAAGUUUAGAGAGUAUAUUUCUCCCUAACGUACAAGUUGCCCUGAGGUGUUUCCUGAAAGCAGCUAAGGAUAUUUCCUGUGUUUAUUUCGUCUUCUUCACCUGUACAUUGGAAGAACACACCGCUCUGGAAACCGAAGAAGAAAACAAGAAUGCGGCAAGAGAAGCGAACAGAAGACAAGCGCUUCGUAAGAAACUGUUGGAAUUGGACGAUUACACGUCGUUAACUGAGGAGGAGAAAGAAAUAUUGACGCUGAUUCAAGAAGAUAAGAGGAGGAGGAGCAAUCAGAAGAGAACAGACCUGAGAAGUAGGAUACAGGAUGAUCUGAAAGAAAGUGGUCAAGAACCGAAAGCGAAUGAUCUGAAAUCUUUUUGGGCUCAGCUUGAUAGUUCAUUUUCAAGAAGUUUUAUUCCAAAGUUACCACCUAAAGCACUGAAGGUUCAUGAUUCCUCUCAUCAGCAACACAGCGCGACAAGUGUGACUAAGGAAUCAAAGGAAACAAAAUCAACAAAAGAUAAGAAAGCUAAUAAGGAACGACAAAAAGAUUCUCGACCGGCCGAUGAAACUUCCUUCUAUUUCUAUCAGUAUGAUAUAAAACUAAGUGAAAUGUUAUUCCUUUUGGAGAACUGGAACAGGAAAGAUCUUGAAUUGGAAAAAGAUUUUCCUAACUUCGCGUCAUUGAUGGCGUCUAAUAGAAAGGAUGCAAGAUACACAUCGAAGGAGUUCUUGAAGAAAACGAGUAGAUCAAGGAGCAAAUCUCUUGGCUCCGUCGGUGUACCUAACGAAACUGCGGAAAAUGACGAAAACGAAAAUGUUGUCAGUACGGCUUUUAAUGCAGAAGUUGGCUAUCCCGUGUGGCUGAUCAAUCAGGCGCACAAAAAGAGAUCGACGAACGUCAUCGAACCAAUCAUGGAUCUACUGAAAAAAAUGAUCACAAUAAACUGCUUGACUCCCUCGAAGAGGGCGUGUAAAGAAACAGAAAUCGUUUAUACGAUAUUGCCGAGACCCGCGCCAAGAAAGUACAGGGAAAAAUUGGAAGUGUUCGAUUUGAUCAAGUGCGAGACCAGGGGUGAAAAUUCGACUGAAUCUCUAACACCAACGCAACCUAACGAAGACGAAAUUCAAAAGAAUUCUAACACAACCCUGAAUGUUGUAACGAAGAAGAAACAAAAGAAGAGAAGGCUUACUUUGGAGCCUACACCGAGUGACAUUGAGCAGAUCAGUAAUGUACAUGCAAGAUUUUUACUGGAGCCGGGAUGCAUUCAGGAACUAACAGUUCUCUUCAAACCACUCUAUUGCGGCUUCUUCAAAUACGUAUACAAUUUCGAAGUUGUUGGUACGUGUUAUAAGGAGAAAAUUGUGGUACAAGCCAGUUGUGACUUCCCCAGAAUCGAUACCUCACCAUACACUUUGUUUCCACACCAAGUUCACAGUGUUGAUUCGAAAACUAUGUUUUUGAAUGGGGUUUACGUGAUUUCCCAACAAACUCUAGAUUUUGGCACCAUCCUACUCAUUCCCCAGCAUUUAUUGGAGAUGAAGAGCUCAAUUUCCAUGUUGAACACGUCUGGGAUGACAUGCGAUAUCACCAUCUCCUUCAAGACCGGCAGUGAAGUGUUUUACUGCGACGAAGAUCAAAAAUGUAUCGAAGUCAAACCUGGAAGACAGCAUGUCCUUCCCAUUUACGCCAAACCCCCGGAGGAGGGACUGUUCAAGGAGACGCUACUCAUCACCAUCAAGAAUAAUCCGAGAGUACAGGAAAUCCAUUUGUCCUGUUUUGCCUGUCCGCUGAAAUUUCAGGUGACACCGAAAAAUGUGAAUUUCAACAAAGUUAUCUUGGGCAAAACGGAAUCCGAAAAAAUUAUCUUCAGAAAUUUCACAUCGGUCAUGGUAUAUUUCGAAUUUGAAGUAGAUGUAAGCUCAGAGUUCCGGAUAUCAACAUUCAAUGGAUACUUGGACCCUUGUUCUUCCCUGGAUGUGAUGGUUACUUUCAUUCCGGAAAUAAUAGGCGACAGAAAAGAGUCGCUGAUUUUGAGGGUUUUUGACAAGGAGAAACAGUUCCCCCAACCGAUUUACACGGAAGUACUGAACAUUUUGGCCGAAGUGGCUACUUUCCCACUCGAGUAUGCCACUAGUAUAGAUCUCGGUUUAGUAAAAGGCAAAAUGUCACAUUUCUUCCCGUUCACCAUAAAUAAUACCGGGAAAUACGACGUGAAAAUACUGUUGACGAAGCCAAUUCAUCAAGGAAAUACUGUAGCUUUCGGAGAAUGUUUCAAGAUGAAACACAUGGAGUAUGUGGUGCAAGGAAAUUCGAAAUAUUCCAACAACUGCAGGUUCACUUGUGACAGAGAAGUUUCUUUUGUCGAUUGUCCCGUUGUUUAUGUCACCAUUCUGGACAACUACAGAAAUUCUGCAAUAGAUCACUUCACAUUCAGCGCCUCAGCAAGAGUCACUCUUUCUAAGUUUGAACUUUGUCCCCAUGGGGAAUACUUCUUUGGCUACCAGAACGUCAAUACAGUCCGAUCCAGCUUGUUGACGUUGAAGAAUAUCGGAGAUUUCGAUUUCAAAUACACAAUAUUGACACCGGCUAUGGUGGAAGAGCAAGCUAUCAAGAAAGAGAGCAAAAAGGAAGGGGUUCAGAUGGGUGAAAUAGAACCAGUGAGCAGUAUACCAUCUCUGACAGCAUCUGGAACUGCACUUGACAAAAAGAGCGCUGAUAAAUCAACAAGAUCGACUACUGGCAGCAGGAAAAAAGGAAAACUCAAAUCUAAAUCUAGAAGCAAUUUAGAUUUGUUAUCUGAAGUAACAGCCGGAAUAUUUACCAUCACGCCGGCAAUGGGUGUUGUUCAACCUGGAGAAUCGGUUACGAUCAACAUCGAUAGUCGGCCAGUCGAGUGCGAAAAGUACAAGGAAACCAUAAUUUUUUUCGUUUCCGAACCGAGUUUCGAAGAUAGGAGGGGGCGUAAAAUGAAUCUACACGUUGAAGGAGCCGAACCUCGCAUCAAUUUCAACGAUUACCGAUUCAUGUUCCCUCUGGAUUAUGUUGUGGAGAAUAUAGAAGAUCUACCCCAUAUUGGCGAGAAUUUCGUCUUCGAGACAAACAAGAAAAUACUGCAGUUCGGAAAGGUAGCGUUGAACAACUCGGUGUCUACCAAGCUCAGGGUGCCAAAUAUUGGGCACGUUACUGCCACGGUUCGUUAUGACAUAAAAGACAACUGUGGCUUCAGCGUCGAUUCAAAAGUUAUUGAUAUUGCGCCUUAUAAAGCAGAGUACAACGUUAUACAGUUUGAACCAAAAGCUAUAGGGAUUUGCACUGGAAUUCUGGAAAUGAAGUGUCUAGGUGUCUCAAGUGACCAAGAAACCAACUGCAUUAUAAAUUUGAUGGGGGAGGCAUGUAUGCCUACCAUUGAAAUAUUCGAACCAGAGUACCGAACGAAUGGGGAUGAUACCCAACUUUGUUUUGGACCUAUUCCAGUGACUAGCUCUUGCGAAAGAUCUGUGAUUAUAAGGAACAGGGGUCAAGUCAAAUGUAAGGUGGUUGUGGAGAUCAUUGGGGAUCCAGAAUGGUUCUUGACCCUUUCUUUACGAGCCGAAAGUGGCGGGGAUGAUGAGGUUUUGCAAAAGAUCGGUAAGUCGACUGAAAGAAUUUAA